GCCCGCGCCUCUCCCGCCCGGGAUGGACUGAGCCGAGCCGGCGGCUCGCGCCGUGUCAGUCCUGCCUUCGCCGGGUCCCGCGGCGCCCGGCGGGCUCCGGACACUGGGCACCACCUAGCCCGUUUCCCGCGGACGGGCCCCGCCGCGCCGGGGAGAUGUCCGGCGGCCGGAGGAGGGGCAGCGCCCCCUGGCACAGCUUCUCCCGGUUCUUCGCUCCCCGAAGCCCUUCCCGGGACAAGGAAGAGGAAGAGGAGGACAAGCUGGGCACGAGCCAGCCUUCCGCUCCCGGCCGGGGCGCUGCCAGUGUUGAAAAUGAACCCAUGAGCACAAGUCAGAAAAAGGAAAAUGCACUUUCAUCAGAAGCAGUAAAGAUUCCCCAAAGUGAGGACAAAAAGAACCAUGCCGAGAAGCCAAUCACUCUUCCAACACAGGGAGAUCUCAAAAAGCCAAAUGAUCUUUCCGGUUCUACUUCAGAAACCAAAAUUGGAGAAAGUGACAGACAGCCAAAAGAAAGCUUUUUUCACUUUCUUGGUAACCUGUUCAAUAUCUCAGGAAAAUCAUCUCUGGGUGAAGCUAAACAUUCUUCUUUGAAAGAUGACCAUGAUAAAACUGAGAAAGAUUUACAGAAUCCCAGUGACCAUCAUGAGGAAUCCGUCAAAAGAGAGAGGGAGCUGAUCCCAGGCUCCCUGGGGACACAAGCACUUCCAACAGAAGAGCAAGAGUCCACCCCAGCUGAACUCUCAGAUGCCUUUUCUUUGGAUACAACACAAGACAGUGAACAGGAAACCAGUGAUGAGCUAAAACAAAUUGAUGGUAAACCAGAGAGGCCUUCAGUAACAUAUGCAACGUACCGAGGCCCCAGACAAAUUAGGAAAUAUUUAAAGCAACAAACUGCAUUAAUAAGUGUGAAUGCCUUGGACAGAGAAAAUGAAAGUUCUGACUCGAGUACACACAUACACACUGGCCCUGGAAGUGAGAUUGAGGCCGGGCUGGUGCCAUCAUUGUCAUCAGCUUGCACAGACUCAUCUACAAAAGGAUAUUUGCUUGGAGGCCCAUUGGAAGACUCUGAUUGUAGCAAAAUAAGUCUCAGCAGAGAAGGCCAUCUGACAAACAAUCCGGAAGUACAGUAUACUGCUUCUUCUGAGGCUCAUUUAAAUAUAAAUGAUCCUGGGGGCCCUGAGAGAAAUAGAUCAUCCCCUUCUUCUGUGACUAACUCCAGCUAUGCUGUUGAAGAAUCUGACUCACAACACCAUUUAAGUUGUGCACCAGUUUCUCAGACUGACAAAAAUUUGGUGUACUCAGCAUUGUUGACAGGAAGUAACAGCAAAGUCCCUUGCAGUCCAGAUUUUCAAAGGCUAACUACAGUGGAAAAUGAGAUAAAAGAAAACAGCUCUGUGUUGAGUAAUAGGACAUUGGUGCAGAGAGAAGAGCAUGUUAAGCCUCAGAGCCCUGCUAUUUCUGACUUCUCUUCUAGUAAAUCUGAUGGGAGUGACACUGCUGAACAAGAAAGUACAAAUUUGCCAAGUCCAAAUAAAUCAAUUAGGCAUGAAGAUCUGCAGUUGCCAGAAAGUGAGUGUUCUGACAAGCAGACUGUAGAUAACUCAUCGAAGCAGUCUGCCAAUCACACUGGUGCCACUGCUUUCCAGAGACAUGCUCUGACAGACAUAGAACUUGUAAAUGAAAGAAAGAGGUUGUCUGCUCAAGACUCACAGAAAAAUUUGGCUGUUACAGAACUCAGGCAAGAAACAGAAAGUGCCUCGGCUGGUAAACCUAUAACUUCAAGUCAUGUAAAAGCUCCAGAAGAUAGAAUUGAGACAUCACCCAAAGAUACUGACCAAUUGUUUGAAACAGAAGCCAAAAAUCUUGAUUUUAGGCCACAUGACAAAACUACUCACAUUAUUAGAAAAAAUCAAAGGGACCCAGCCUCUAUAAAAGAUAUCUGUGAAUCAACAGUUGUAGUAAGCUUAGAAAGUAUUAAUAAAAUAGCACCUAUAUCGAAUUUUGAACUUAAUAGAAAUCACAUUUCCAAAUCUCCUCUCGACUCUGAGAGUCCUCAACAAGCCAAAGUAUCACCUGAUGCUAAAACAGCUCUUACCCUUGACUGUAAAAAAUCAAACUUCAAUACUUCACCUCCUACCUUUGUUUCUGGAGUUGGGAUGUUGAGCAAGUUAGAUAUUCCUGUUUUAACGAAUGAAGGUUCCUCUGUGCUCAUUGAAACUGGGGAUGUCAUUGGCAUUUCCUGUCAGCCUACUGAGCAUCAAGAAGAAAAUGUGACAAAUCCUGUGGAGGCUGCAGAUAGGAAGAGUCCUCCUCCACCUCACUGUGAGCAUGCGCCUGCAGUUCUUGAUUCCAAAGAAGUUCUUGAUAGUGAAAAAUGCCAAAUUCCUCUAGGUCUUGAAGCCAGUGGCACUUACUUAACUGGGAUGGACCAACUGAACUUUGAGUCUGGAAGCCUCACUAAGGAGCACAGUUCCAUUUCAUCUCAAGAACCUAACAAAGCAGAAUUAAUGCCUUCAAACACUAAUGCAAGUAAGAACAUGAUAGAGAAGUCUGAUUCUCUGUCCUUGGAAACCAAAACUGAUAACAUUGCUAAAAUUUUAUCAAACACUGAAGUUGAUGGUCAGAAGAGUGUUCCUGUUGAAUUUCAGUCUGGAAGAGGAAAAACGAUACCCUUGUCCAAGAUAUCUGUUUCCCAAACAGAGCCCAGAGACAUUUCUCAGGAUAAAAUUUUUUCUUCUCCAUUUGAAAUUACAGAAAAGCCUGUUUUAUCAGAAUUAACUUCUCUAGAGGUUGAACAGUACAAAAGUUUUCAGCCAAUGGAUGAUAAGGGGAUUAAAGAGAAAUAUUCAGCUUCUAGCCUUAAAGAGAAUUACCAAGCUGAAGUUCUUCCACUUGCCUCCAAAUAUCACGGUACCCAAGAAACAGAAGUAGACACCUUAACCUCUCCUCCUGCUCCUCUUAAAAGUAUUAUAUCUGGGAUUUUACCACCUGUUCAGGAUGAGAAAGUCAUUAGGCAGAUAGCACAGAAUUGUGAUGUCAACACUUGUAUGAUUCAUCAAUCUUUGGAUAAUUGUGGGACUAAGGAGAUUUCUGGUCUCUCAGAAAUGGCAGAACCAAGCUUAACUAAUAUUUCCCCAAAAUUCCAAGAAACUGACAGCAUAAACGUAAAUUCACCUUUUCUAGGUUCUGAUAUCAGUUUGGAAAAAGAUGUUUUUGCAUCUGAAGAUUCAAACUUUCAUAAUGUACCUUCUGUGCUGAGAUCAGAAAAGAAAGCCUCAUCACACAGAAAGAAAGAAAACACUGAUUUUCUAUGUAGUGCUACUGAUAGUGUGUCUUCUUCCUCUAGUCACUCUGAAGAAGUUAGCAUGACUAUAAAUUCACAUAAACCCCAAAAUAAUCUUGAUUCUGUAAGAGUCACCAAAGAUCUCAUAUGUGAAGGUACCUCUUCAACUAACCUGCUGUAUCCUAAUAGCUCCUAUUUGGAAUUUGAAACACCUAUGUCAGUAGGGGCAGAAGUGACCCCAUUUCAGGAACAUUUUGGGAUUCAUACUGGGAAGGUAUCUCUUGAUUUCCCAACCGCUGCCCAAUUUGACAAUCCCACGGAAGCAGAGACUGGAGCAGUUGCUGGGGCUCCAACGUCAGUUAACAGCUCCAGCCAGCCGUGUUCUGAAGCAUCUGCUGAACACAUAGAAGCUAGGAGAACAGCACAUGACCAACUUUUGGACCUCAAAAGUGGUUUACUCAAAAAGGCUGAUACGUUGACUGAGGAGAUUUUUAAUUCUGUCAGAGAAGAACUAAAAUCCAAACACACAGUUGGUGCCUGCCAGGAGCUAAUAGCCAUAGACGGUAUAAUGAAUCCAGGUACCCCAAAAGAAGACAUCCCUGAGAAAAACCCAUCAGAAGUGAUGCUAACAGGAAUUCAACUGACAGAGGGUUUGGAAGACCAGGGCAUGGAAAACGUGUCAGAAGUCAAAGGAGAGAAGGCCUGUGUUUCACCUACAGCUGGUGAGAGGAGUCUCCUUUUUGAUUCUGAUAGAACAAAUGUAUCUUGUGUGUUAGAAGAUCAAGCUAGGGAGUUAGUCAAUGAGAUUAUUUAUUCAGCCCAAGAAAAUAUGACAGAUGAUGCUUUUGAAGAUACCUGGGAUUCUGAACUUCAGGCUAAUACUUCAAAAAUUCUGAACAGUGAUAGUAUUAAGCCACAUGAUGUAGUUAGGGAGUUCUUGGUAUCAGAACAGGCAGUUAAUCAAAACACACAUGAAAUUAGUGAAAAUAAAAUAUUAAGUAGAUUCUUCUCUGUAAGUAACCUAGUUAGUGGCACAGAGUCAAUUAAAGGAAGAGAAAUUGUUCUCUACCAAAAAUCCCCAUUUUCUGGGAAUGGAGCUGGACAGUCUGACAGUAUAAAUUUGCAAGAAUCAGAAACUAUUUUACUAGCUAACGACAUGCCACAUAAAGGGUUAGAUGAUAGGGAAAAAACACAUUUAUUUUGCAGUGAGGACUGUAAGGAAACAACAGAAGUACAGUGUGUGGAUAAUCACAAAACUGGAACAGAGGGUACAAGAACUCUUGUAUUAAAUUUCAAAUGGCCUCCGUGUGCGAAUGAUGACAUCCAUGCCCCUGGUACGUCCAAAAGCAGUUUGUCUGAUAGUCUUGUAUGUAUGUCUGAAAAAAGCUUGCCGGGACAUAGUAAAAACACACCUCUUGCAGUGUCAGAAAUAGGGAAAAUACACAAAAAGGAUAAUGAAGCAAAUAUAGGAAAAGUCGAGCUUAUACCUUCCAUGUUAGAAAUGGGAAAAACAAACAAAAAGGAUGCUGAAUUGAACAUUAUGAAAUACGAGGCAGUCCCUCCAGUGUUAGAAAUGGGAAGAAUGCAUAAAACAAAUGUGGAACUAAAUAUCACAAAAACUGAGCCAAGAGCUGACAUUUCUAAUAUGGGAGAAAUACACCAAGUGGAUGCUGAGAGGCAUAUUGAAAAAACUGAGGGAUUACCUGUUACCUUAGGAAUGGAAAAAGCUCAUAAUAUGAGGGCUACUGAAGGGGAUAUUGGCAAAACUGAGUUGAUGCCUGUUAUGUCAGAAGCUAAAAAUAUCUACCAAAAGGAUGCUGAAGGGGAUAUCGCAAAGAUGGAGAUGACACCCGGUACAGUAGAAAUAGAAAGUAUUUGCCAAAAGCACUCUGAAGGGGAUGUUGGAAAGACUGGGGUGACAUCUGUGUCAGAAGCAGAAAAUUUCUACCAAAAAGAUGAUGAGGGGAUGACUGUAAAAGCUGAAGUGCCACCUCUUACAUUAGAGGUGGAAGAUACUUACCAAAAUGAUGCUGAAGGGAAUAUUGUGAAGGCUGAAGUGACACCUGUGAGGUUAGAGAUGGAAAAUAUUAACCCAAAGGAUGCUGAAAGAGAUAGCAGCAGAACUGAGGCGAUGCCUAUCAUGUUACAAGUAGCGAACAUUUUCCAAAAAAAUGCCAAAGGGAAUGCUGGAAAGACUGAGAGGCCUGCAUUGGAAAUGGAAACUACUUACCAGAAGGAUGCUGAGGAGGUCGUUAGGAACACUGAAAUGGCACCAUGUGUGGUAGAAGUGAAUGAAUCACACAAGAAGGCAGCACCUGCCUCCUUAGAAAUGGAAAAAGCACGCAAGAGGAAUGCUAAAGAGACUAUUGGAACGAGCGUGUCCAUGCCCUCCAUGAUAAAAAUGGAAAGAACAUCCCCAGAAGAUUCUGGUGGGGAUAUUGAGAGACACAGAGUGUUGCCCACAGUGGUAGUUGUCGAGAAAACACAUGGAACAGGACUGGAAUUGACCGUUACACAAGCGGAGGCCAUACCUCCCGUGUUUGAAACUGAAAAGGCCCCCCAAGAGUAUGCUGAAGGGGGUGUUGAAGAAAUGAAGGGAGAACCCACUGAAAUAAAGGAAGGCAUGAUAGCGCAUGACAGCAGACUUGCUUCACAUUUCAGGGGAUAUGAGCCACCUACGUUAAGUAAGGAUUAUGAGGGCUAUCCAGCCUUAGCCAUGCCAGAUUUCCUACCUGAAGAUACCGUAGUAAGGUUAGACCAAAGAAUGUCUGUUACUGCUGUGUAUGACAAAAGGAGAGAUCUAGAUUACAACGAUGAAAAAGGAGAAUACGAUUUAGCUUUUGUUUCUCAGGAUGAACAAGAACAUUCUUCCUUUACUAUAUUAUAUGAAGAGCCCCUUCAAGACGAGGAGGACAAGUAUGCAUCUGCAGAAGUAAGAAGAUCACGGUCUGUCUUGUUUCCUGAUAUGUCCCCUGACAGCAUGCCCGUGCUGGCGUGUGAAAGGUCAGAGAGCAGAACUGACCUUGUCCAUCACUUUGAGAAAGAUACUAAAUUAGGUGAGACAUUUGAUAGUGAUAGUUCAGAAAUGUUCUUAUCAGUGGAGGCCAAAAGGUACAAAAUUUACCCUUUAGCUUUGUCUCCCAUUUAUGAGGAUGACAGCUCACAGGAGGACAUUCUCUCCAGUGAGGUCUCACCGGGUCACCAUGGCUCCAUGAAAUCAAGAGAGAGUGAAAACCAGCCCUCUUCUGUGUUAUCGCUUCUCCAGUCGGUGUCGGAGCGUUUGAAGAUGAAUUUUGAUGGAAAUGACAGACAGGCAACUGAGGAGGAAGAGGAGGAGGAGGAGGAAGCAGCAUUGUAUAGAGGAGGCCUGAGAGCUCAAAGGAGGGAGCAUGUCACCUUCCAGUUUCUAGAUCCUUCCAUCCCAUUUUACCCUGAGGAUGACCAGGAAAGCUCUGAAAUUUCUAAGAAUUCCUAUGUCAUGUCAAAUGAACCUACUACCUCUAAUCUGCAAAUUGGUCUGUGGCCAGAAAAGCCCUCAUUUGUCCAAAAAUCUGACCUUACUUCUAAGCUACAUUCUUCUUUAAAGAGUGCUUAUCAUCAGUAUUUACAGACUUCCAAAACUCAUUCCUCAGAAAAAGGAGCCAGACUUGGUGGGAUUUUUCAGGAACCAGUGUCAAAGUAUUUCCGUGUUCAAGACAACUCAGGCAGAUUGAGCCCGUUCAUAGAGAAUGUUGACAAACAAACUCUCAGAUGUAAUCCAAGACCUGGGAAGAUGGUUAUCUAUGAUCUACAUCGAAGUAAAUAUAAACAAGAGGUUUACUGUAAUAUUCCUGAUGCUACAUCAUGGUCCUUUCCGAAUGGGGUACUAGUAAAAGUUGUAAGGGGCUGCUGGAUUUUAUAUGAGAAACCACAUUUCCAAGGUCAGAAAUGUGUGUUAGAAGAAGGGGAAAAGGUGUUAAAUCGUGAUUGGAUUCUUCAGAACAGAAGGCAUCCACAGAGAGACUUUGUAUUGGGUUCUAUCAAACGUGUGUUAAAGGAUUGCAGCAUUCCAGAGAUAGAGCUUUGCCCACAAUCUGACCCAGCAUGUUCUCCUAUCUAUAUACAGCGGGCAAUCCCUAAUUUGGAAGAACUGAAUAUCCCCAAAUCUGUGUCCUUCACUGUGAAGUCAGGAGUUUGGCUUGCCUACCCAGAUAUUAAUUUUAAGGGACAAGCUACAGUUUUGGAGGAGGACCAUGGGCUCUUUGAGAUUUCUGCAGCAGAAAUGAAAUCAUUGCAUCCACUUCAAAUGGGUGGACUGAAAGUGGAAAUGCCUAUGAACUUAAAGGUUAUUAUUUAUGAAAAACCUCACUUCCAUGGACAGGCCAAGGAAUUUAGUGAACAUAUAGCUUCUGUUCCUAAUUUUUUAAAAAAUAAUGAGGACUUCCAUGGAAUUGGAUCAAUUCGUGUCAUUGGUGGAGUGUGGGUUGCCUAUGAAAAAGAACAUUUUAAAGGCCAGCAAUUCCUGCUUGAAGAAGGAGACUUUGAAGACAAUAAUGCUUGUGGGGCAUUAAGUGGCCCCAUCUUGUCUUUCCGGUACUUACAAGCUAACUUUAUAGAAUCUUCUAUCACACUGUUUGAAUCUGACCUAGAAAGUGGGAAGUUUAUUGACAUUACAAAUCAGGAAAUUUCUGACUUAGAAGAAAUUGGCUUUGGCAGUGAAAUAAGAUCCAUUCACGUUAAAAGUGGAGUAUGGGUUGCCUACCAGCAGAAGUUCUUCUGUGGAGAGCAAUAUAUUUUAGAGAAAGGGAAAUACAAAUGCUUUUUAGAUUGGGGAGGAUCAGAUAAUAUAAUCAUGUCGAUACGACCUAUCCAACUGGAACCACUUGGAAUAAAUGAACCUCCACAUUUGCUCAAAGCAUUCAGUAAACCAGGGUUCCAAGGUGAAUGUAUAGAUUUUACGAAAGAAAUAUCUAAUUUGACUUCAUUCACACCGUGUUCUUUUAAAGUUCUUCGGGGAUGCUGGCUCCUGUAUUACCAAGAGGGCAUUUUUUAUAAUCAGUGUGUAUUAGAAGAAGGCCUCUAUGCCGACCUUACUUCCUGUGGCUGCCCAACGUCUAGAGUCAAAUCUCUCAAGCCCAUUGACUACGUUUUUGAGGAACCUUCCAUCAGCCUGUUUGCUCUGGAACAUUGUGAGGGAAGAGAGUUACAUCUAGAAGAGGCUGUGAACUCUGUUCUGAACAAGGACCUGCACUUCUACACCCAGUCUGUGUGGGUUAAAAGCGGACUAUGGAUAGCUUAUGAAGGAUCCAAUUUCUUGGGAAGACAAAUCCUACUUGAACCUGAUGAGAUCCCAAAUUGGACAGCAUUCAGUGGAUGGAAAACAAUCGGUUCCCUCCGGCCCAUGAAGCAGCCUGCAGUGUACAUCAGAAUAAAGAACCGAGCCCAGGAUGAGUAUUUGACAGUCACUGGAAAUCUGGCUGACACAAGGGCAACAUCCGUGUGCAUCUCUCCCUACAGUGGAAAGAAUACUCAGAUCUGGCACUACUGUCGAGGACUCUUUAAAUCCAAGGCCAGUGAUACAUGUCUUGAUGUGAUUGGUGGCCGGGACACACCUGGAGCUAAAGUGGCCCUGUGGACCGAACAUGGGCAAUUCAGGCAGAAGUGGAAACUGAAUAAAAAUGGAACUAUCAGCUCUUAUCUCAGUGAUCAACUUGUCCUUGAUAUUAAAGGAGGAAAUUAUUGUGACAAGACUCAUGUAAUUGUAAAUCAGCCCCUGGAGGGAGAAGAAACACAGAAAUGGGACAUUGAAAUAUUGUGAGAGAAUCAACUGCAUCCUUAGAAAGACCAGAAGAAGCAGCAAACCCACAUCCCUCAUUGUCCUGCCAUGUGGCAAGGAGGCUACUGUCCUCACACUCUUGGAUCACUGAGCAGAAAGGACUUCUCUCCCAAGCUCUUAACCAUGGAAAAGCCAAAAAUAUUCUUGCCGGUUACUCAGUGUUCCUAUGGAGAAAAUGUUACGCUUUCUGGGAAAGGUUCUAUUCCUGAUUGAUCUCCAGUUGUGGUGAGCAAGUUCCCUGAAGUCUGUAUUCUCUCCUGUCCACCAAACAUGAAUCCUAUUCCUGAUAGCCUAUUACAGGACACUGGUGAUGCCAUCAUCCUGUAUUAGUUAUUAAUAUCCUACUAGAUGCCUGUAUGAAUGUAAGGCACAGGGAAACAGAUUCCUUACUAUAAGUCUAGUUAUAUUUUUGCAAAACAGAGUAAUUUUUAGCAACAUCUGAAAUCAUAUAUAAUAAACCUUUUUAUUAAGCUGCUGUAUUAGAUAAACCUUAAAGUUUCUAUAUUGAGGCUUUUAUAACUGGCACAUCCCUUAAUGUAUAUAUACUUGUAACUGAGCCCCAGAGGGGGGCCUCAGCUUUGCUAGGAAAAGGCACAAGGAGUGUUUUCUGUGGCCAUUCUUUACUCAGUCCUUCAAACUAAAAUUGGUCAACCUUGCACUCUUCAGUGUUAACAAAAACAUCCCUUUAGGUGACAAGACUCUAACAAUGACUACCUAUCUCCUGCUGAGACUUCACCCUAGAUUUUGUUUGAUCUGCCUGCAAGGAGAGGUGUUUAUAAGGACUAUGUCACUUAAAUUUCAAAUGUAUUUGAGCCUUGACCUUACCAUCUUAGUUUUCAAGUAAAAGUGGAGUUGAUUUCUCUGCUAAAUGACAGAAAAUUCAGUUUUUAAGUAGCUUUAUACUUAAGUGAAAUAAGGUAGGAAAUCAUCUUUACCACCUUCCACUGUACAAUGCACAAGAAUUUUUCCCUCCUGAGUUGAAUUUAAACUUAUAUUGAGAUAGCUAUUCCUUUCAUCCCCAACUUUUGCCAGAAAGCAGAAAAAUGCUCUAUUUUUAUAUAGAAAGAUUAAAUUCUCCAGUGAUAUUUUAAAAAAUAACCUAUGUGCACUUUAGAAUGUAAAAUAACAGUGAAUAGUUUAAACUCAAAGACCCACUAUUUUGAAUAUUUUUUAUAGACUUGGUCUUUCCAUGUAAAUAUUGGGUUUUCCCCCUCAAUCUCAGGCUCUUCUCUUGUCAUCUUUUAAGCAGUGUCUAUCAAACUCCCUUAUGUCCAUAGCUGUUGAGUGCCUCUCACUGGUGUGGCAGUAUUAUUUAAUGAAAUUUAUGUUGCAGGAAUAACUUUAUUUUAAUGGGUGGGCUUGUGUAUACAUAAAGGUAUGUAUAUUUUCAUUGUAAAAAACCAAGUUAAAAAUUUUUCUCCUGUUAAUUGUUUAAAAUUUUUCUAGAGCUGCUGAGGAGGCUCUUUAAAGAAGUUGUUUCUUCCAAAGAACAAAGAUAAAGCCAGGUUAACAUUUAAUUCUAAAUGAUACAUUUAUUGGAGUUGUGCCUUUUCUACCACACUGGAUUAAAUAAACUUGUCAAAAGUAUAGUUUUUA